UUGUCGUGACGAUGCGAUUUCCCGGAGCGGAGCACUGUCACAAAGUGACAGGGCUGCCACCAGCGCCCCGACUGAUCUUUUCAAUUAGCCUUCCAUGCAUGAUCCGGAGCGACUUCCGCCUAUUUCCAGAAAUUAAGCUCAAACUUGACGUGCAGCUCGUUUUAUUUUAAAGACAAAUGUCAGAGAGGCUCAUCAUAUUUUCCCCCCUCUUCUAUAUUUGGAGCUUAUUUAUUGCUAAGAAGCUCAGGCUCCUGGAGUCAAUUUAUCAGGAGGCUCCAAGGAGAGAGGAGGAGAGCAAGGAGAGGCGGACAGGGAGCCGGGAUCCUCUUCUCCUGGGAGGCUGCGGGGGGACGCCCUGCAGGUUGGGGGGCCAGAGGCAGGCCCUGGACCGGGGGCCACGCUCCCGGGGAGCAGGCCCGGGAAGGCUCAGCGUCCCCAUCAGUGGGAGGAGGUGUCCUGUCGGGACAGACUGGAGGGCGGCUCAGGGAUGUGGUCCUGGUGCUUCUCUCCUCCUGAGUUCCGCAGUGUCUGUCCUUGGCCGAGGGCAGGGCACAGAUCAGCAGCGGGCGUGAGGGGCAGUGGCCGUGCAGGAUCUGGGCAAUGGCCUUCUCCGCGUGGGGCUGGUCUGGGCCUGCCUGUCGGGCAGCAGUAAGGUCACUGGGUCGGGGGCUGGGGCGCUCUGGCUUUCGGUGCCUUCCCCUUACCUUCUAGGAAAGCACGAAAGCAGCCCAGCCCGCCCGGUGCUGAGCUGCCUGCCGUCCACGCAGUUUAGAUGGUGACACCACUGUCGCCCCAAGGCUGCUGUGGGCGGCUAGCUGUGGGGGCGUCGGUGGCUCUGUGGGUCCCAACUUGUGCCCUCGGAGUCUCUGGGAGGAGACUUUGCCCUUGGGCUGGACAUGGCUGGGCUCGCGGAGGGCGGCUGCGCUGCUGGGUGACAGCGGGGCUGGGGUACAGGCGUCCUCUCGGGCGUGUGUGCAGGCUGGGCUGCCCGUGCCCUGCCUGCUGGGGCUCUUGUCCUGUGGCUUUCCUGCUCCACAGCAAGGAGCCGGAUGCUGAGCUUGGCACGGGUUAGCAGGGGCUGAGGAUGCACCGUGUUGUUUCUUUCUCUCUUCCUUCCUCCUCCGUUUUCUUCCUUCUCCUCUUUUCCUUCCUUUCUUCCUCCUCCGCUCCUCUUCCUCCUCCUCCCCUCUCCCUCCUCUUCCUCCGCCUCCUCUUCCUCCUCUCGCCUCUCCUGUCCCUUUCCGCAGGUCACAGUGGUGUGAAUCAGCUCGGAGGUGUCUUUGUCAACGGGCGGCCACUGCCGGACUCCACCCGGCAGAAGAUCGUAGAGCUAGCGCACAGCGGGGCCCGGCCUUGCGACAUCUCCCGAAUUCUGCAGACCCAUGCAGAUGCAAAAGUCCAAGUGCUGGACAAUCAAAACGUGUCCAACGGCUGUGUGAGUAAAAUUCUGGGCAGGUAUUACGAGACCGGCUCCAUCCGACCCAGGGCCAUCGGGGGCAGUAAACCCAGAGUGGCAACUCCGGAAGUUGUGAGCAAAAUUGCCCAGUACAAGCGGGAGUGCCCGUCCAUCUUUGCCUGGGAAAUCCGAGACAGAUUGCUGUCUGAGGGGGUCUGCACCAACGACAACAUACCAAGUGUGUCAUCAAUAAACAGAGUUCUUCGCAACCUGGCUAGCGAAAAGCAACAGAUGGGCGCAGACGGCAUGUAUGAUAAACUAAGGAUGCUGAACGGGCAGACCGGAAGCUGGGGCACCCGCCCUGGGUGGUAUCCGGGCACUUCCGUGCCAGGCCAGCCCACACAAGAUGGGUGCCAGCAGCAGGAAGGAGCGGGGGAGAACACCAACUCCAUCAGCUCCAACGGGGAGGACUCGGACGAGGCGCAGAUGCGGCUGCAGCUGAAGCGGAAGCUGCAGCGGAACAGGACCUCCUUCACUCAGGAGCAGAUCGAGGCCCUGGAGAAAGAGUUUGAGAGAACCCACUAUCCAGAUGUGUUCGCCCGGGAAAGACUAGCAGCCAAGAUAGACCUACCUGAAGCGAGAAUACAGGUCUGGUUUUCCAACAGAAGGGCCAAGUGGAGACGAGAGGAGAAGCUGAGGAACCAGCGGAGACAGGCCAGCAACACCCCCAGCCACAUCCCCAUCAGCAGCAGCUUCAGCACGAGCGUGUACCAGCCCAUCCCGCAGCCCACCACCCCGGUGUCCUCCUUCACGUCUGGCUCCAUGCUGGGCCGGACAGACACGGCCCUCACCAACACAUACAGCGCGCUGCCACCCAUGCCCAGCUUCACCAUGGCCAACAGCCUGCCUAUGCAGCCCCCUGUCCCCAGCCAGACCUCCUCGUACUCCUGCAUGCUGCCCACCAGCCCAUCGGUGAACGGGCGGAGUUAUGACACCUACACGCCCCCACACAUGCAGACCCACAUGAAUAGCCAGCCUAUGGGCACCUCGGGCACCACGUCUACAGGCCUCAUUUCUCCCGGCGUGUCCGUUCCAGUCCAGGUUCCUGGAAGUGAACCUGAUAUGUCUCAAUAUUGGCCAAGAUUACAGUAAAAAAAGAAGAGGAAAUUGUGUUACUCAGUCAGUGACUUUUGUGGACAUGCAGGUGCUCGGCGCUAAAGCACUUCACCCACCAGGACCUCUGAUGCGGAGGCACUCAGUUGGAACAAAGCUUCAUUUUGGUAUCCAAACCUUUAUUCAUGUUGGUGUAUUAUUUGUAAAUGGGCAUUUGUAUGUUAUAAUGAAAAACAAAAGAACAACUUGGACUGGAUGGAGGUUUGGUCUCGGUUGGUCAUGAGGUUGUUUAAAGAAAGAAAAAAGGAAACCAUGAUCAACAAGAUUUGCCACGAAUUUAAAGAGUUUUAUCCAGAUAUAUUGAGUCCUUCUACUCAUCUGUUCCUAGUUUAUGGACCGAUGUUCCGCGUUUGUAUCAUUCCUUUGCAUACAAUUAAACCUGGAACGACACGCACCAGAUUUAUGUAAGAAAUAUGUUGGUUUUCCAAAGGUUGUUAACAGAUGAAGUUUAUGUGCAAAAAAAGGGUGAGAUAUAAAUUCAAGGAAGAAAAAAGGUGAUUGCUAAGGGGUAGAGUGUGUCUUCGAUAUAAUCCGAUUUGUUUCAUGUCGAAAUGUAAGUGUUUGUCUUCCCUAGAAAUCCUCAGAAUGAUUUCUAUAAUAAAGUUAAUUUCAUUUAUAUUUGACAAGAAUACUCUAUAGAUGUUUUAUACACAUUUCCAUGCAAUCAUACAUUUCUUUUUUGGACAGCAGAAGUUAAUUGUCUUAGAUAUAGUUGUAUUACUGUUCACGGUCCAAUCAUUUUGUGCAUCUAGAAUUCAUUCCUAAUCAAUUAAAAGUGCUUGCAAGAGUUUUAAACUUAAGUGUUUUGAAGUUGUUCACAACUACAUAUCAGAAUUAACCACUGUUGAUUGUAAAAACCAUGCCAAAGCCUUUGUAUUUCCUUUAUUAUACCAUUUUCUUUUUAACCUUA